AUGCCUUCCUGCAUCUCAAUUCGAGAGCGUGUCCGCGGCGUGGCCGAGGUCGUAACGAUUGAAGAUGUGAAAUCUAGUUCGACAGAGGAUGAGGCCAGUGCCGCAUGGAAUGCACUGCUGCUCUUCCGACACUUGCAACAGGUGGAGGAGAAGGGGCUUAGCACCGGCGGUGGGAGCGGUGUCAAUCGUGUCGCCUUUCUGGGAGAGCUCGAGCUGCGAAGGUGCGCUCUUGCACGGACGCAGCUUGAGCAAGUGGCAGGCAGAGCCGAAGAUUUCCAGGAGAUGGUCAAGGUCAUGAGCACCUUCGUGCAGCGCUUUGCGGGAAGGGCCCACUGCUUUUUCGACUUGAAGCCUUAUCUUGCGUGUCUCUCGGAUUCCGAUGCAUCGCCACUGUUGUCGGCAGCAGCAGCCAGUCAGGAUCGGGAGGCGGUGGUGCUCGAGGCCAGGUUAAGGAGAUCUCUCCGAAGAGCGGAGCGGGUCGCCGUCACAGCCGAGCAGUCAGCAUCCGAGGAAGCCGAAGCCUGCCGCUUGGUGGAGACCUGGACCCGAUUCGGAGGUGGCUCCGGAGAAGGGAACCGAAGCCCUGAAGCCUUGCUGCAGCUGGCAGUCGUGGCCCUUAUUGAGGCAGACAGGUCGUCACCCAGCAAGGCAAGGCUGCGACCUGCCGCAACUGCUAUCUCAAGCCCAUCUCAUCCCAUCCUCUCUGCUUCUUCUGCUUCUGUUCUAUUCUCUCUGAUUCUCAUUUUCAUUGGGUUUCUCAAACCCUUCUUCUUCUACCGUUCUACCCCCCCCAACAUGAAACUAGUCCUUCGUAGCCGGGUGAGUGGCAUGUUCACGGUGUUGUGCGACAGCCGAAAACCAGAGAACACGAGGAAGUGUGCAUGA